CUUAUUGCCAGCACGCUACAAAGCCAUACGAGUACCGCGCGGGUGCCGUUGGAAGCGUGACGCAACCGCCGCAACGCCUUGCGCUGGAACUCUGCGCUGGAACUCGGAGUUUUGCCGCUGCAUAGCCAAAAAGGCUCUCACUGUGGCAAAGGCCAUCUGAGGCGCGGACAAAAUGGUCACAGCGUACGGAAGUGACGUGGAAGCCAUGAAGAGCAGCGUCCGCGCCAUGAGCGUCCGCGACCUCAAGGCGGCGCUGCUAGCGGAGGGCAUGCCGCCGCAGACGCUGGCCACGUUCGUCGAGAAGAAGGAGUUCCAGGACCGGCUCAUCAGCAAGUGGCAGCAGAACAUGAUCAACGAAAUGGCGUGUGGCCGCGGUCUCGGAGGCCCGGAGGAGAUACGCGAGCAACUGAAGACGUUUCAGAAGCCCUCCGACGUGCCCGCGUCCGAGCGGAUCCCGGACCUGCCCGACGACGUCGUGCUGGGCAUCUACUGCUCAUAUCCGGCCGACGAGGUACCCGUCAGCGCGGCGACGCUCGAAGCGCUGAACGCCAUCGUGUCCGGGGCGCCGUCGCCGCCGGAGGUGCGCGCGCGGUGGCCGCGCAGCGCGGGCGGAGGGGCGGACCCGGUCGCCAGCCUGCGCCUCUUCGACAGGGGCGACGCAAAGGUUCUGGCCUUUGCGUUCGACUCGCCCCGGGACGCGAUGCUCUGGGUCUGGAAGGUCAACUACCAGAUCUUCGCGGGCGAAGGGGCGCUGCUCAUCCACACGCAGAACCUGCCUCCCGAGUACCACGGCUUCCGCAUCACGACGACGCUGCACUACAUCAUGAACUACAUCACCGGCGGCAAGCUCGUCUUCGCGGACGGCGCCUGGCGCCUGGACGGGCUCGAGGACAAGGUCGGGCGGUACGAGCCCGGCCGCGGCGCGCACGAGCCGCUCUCGCAGUGGUGCCUCCGCUCGCUCGACCGCCUCGCCGGCCGCGUCACCUACACGACGCCGGAGCCGCACGUGCCGUGA